AUGGUGCGAGCGUCCAACCGCCUGUUGGUGUCAGCCGUGCUGGCCGUCGGGGCCUUCACCCUGACGCGCCUCUGCUUCGUGGCGCCGCCGCCUGCCGUGCACCAGCCGUACCUCGGCUGGGCCGUUGGGGCAUGUGGAAGUCGGUCAGGGGGCUGGGUCAAGCUGGAUCCGGUACAGUUGCGCCAGAGCCAGGUGGCGCUGCAAGCGCGUGGCGGCGGCGAGUACGACGUCAGCGACGCGGACAUUGAUGCCUUCUACAACUCCCUGCUGACGGGAUCGGGCGGUGACCCCCCCAAGGCGCGGAGGAUCCAAGAGAGUUUGGCGUGCAGAGGAUAUGGCAAAGAAUGGGAGGUCGACAAUCAGGGCACCGUGCUGUCGGAGCUCAUCGUGAAGUUCUUCCACGGCGAUUUCACGCCCCAGGGCUUCAAGCGCUACUCUGGCCUGUGGAAGGGCCCUCCUCCUGGCAACAUCGGCAAGAAGGACAUUGCCAUCGGUGUUGAGAAGCUGAAGGAGCAGAUGGCCAACCCCAUGUUCGUGACCAAGGGCGGCGUGGGCUACGGUGUGGAUGAGACGCAGAAGGUGGUGGGCGGCGUGGGCUACGGUGUGGAUGAGACGCAGAAGGUGGUGGACGAUGGCAAGGGCUGGGUCUGGCUGGCAGCCGAGAUGAGCCCGGGAGGCCUCGCCGUGGAGCUCUUCAAGGCCGUGCCCUACGGCAAGCGUGCUGUGCUGGUGGCCAAGCAGAACAACGUGGCGGAGCUCUUCGACAAGGUGAAUUGGGAUACAGCCCUGGGGAACAUCGAGAAGACCUUCGGCGGGCCUCAGGUGGGAUCGAGCGCAGCGAUAGGUAUAUCGUUCAAAGCUUGA